UCCGAAUUCAUUCUCUCUAAACUCCCUUGUAAAAGCACCCGUGCAUUCCCUGUUUUAAUAUCAUUUGGGCUACAGGUGUUCCACCUAAAGUCCUACCGGUCAUUUUGAGUGUUUUUACUUUCUUUACUUUACUGAAUCAAGCCAACUAUUUUAGACCCGGUCUAGUAUAGUUUGACUGGUCAAGUAAUUUACACCUUCAUUUUUGGCACCACCCGUGGGACCGUUAAGGUUUCUUCUCUUCUAAAUACAAACCCACCCACAAAAACACCACUCAAAAUAUCUUCCAGCCAGCAAAUGAACGCUACCUCUGCUCAGGUGCAAGCCACCUUUGAAGGUACCAGCAUCCCCAUAGCUGCUACCCUGCCAGCCGUUUCUACUCCGAUUUUGCCGUUGGGACUAAGCUCGGUCCCAACACCCGUCGUGAUCAGCCCAUUCACAGCCCCAGUCCCUUCCGCUGGACCAAGGGUCACGUUCCCACCAAGCAUGACCAAGUUCAUGAAUGACCCAGCCAACCUACAAGCCAUCCAGGGCUUUGGCCAGGUCAUGGCUAUGUGCCAACAAAAUGGGGGGAUGCCUUUCAUCCCUGGUAUGUUCACGUUCGCUCUUCCAGGCGCGGGAACCAUGCCCCUACAAGCUCCAAUGGCAGUGACUCCGUUUCAGACGCCGAUUCCGCAGCCAUCACCUUUCCAGCCGCAGCUAGUCAGUGCUGUGGCCCCCAUUAACUUGGCAGGUGCGCUAAACGCCGCAGGGCCGUCGCGUCCCCCGCAAGGUACGAAUCCGCUAAUCACUCCGGAUGGUCACUGCAUCUCAGUUGAAAGCGGAGACGAUGAGUGGGACAUUCCAAGGACCCACAAGAAGAAGAAGGGAAAAACCAUACGCCCUGCAACUUCCCGAAACUCCGCCUUCGAAAGGCUGGGGGAUAGGGAAGAGGGCCAGAGGAAGUCAGCCAAGCUGAGGCUGGGGCAAAGCGUUGCCCAUGUCAGCGCGUUUGCCCGGUUAAGUGAGGUGAGGGAGGCCGAGCCUGCCCGCACCCAACGCUCCCGGUCAAACCGGCAGGAGCCAGCCAGGACGAGGGCCUCUCGCCAGGAGGAGGAGGCAGAAAGCCAACCCAGGGUACCGGUGGCUAACCGGUUAAACAUCCCCAAUGAUCGCGUCCAGCAGAUGGAGGCAAAAUUGGAAAGACUGGAGAAGAAGGUCAAGAUAGACGCCCCAAGAUUCACCGGGAAGGAUGAUCCAGAAAUUCACCUGGACUCCUUCAAUCAGAGUGCAACCAUGAACGGUUUUACAGACGAAGAAAAGUGCCUCCUUUUCUUCCAGACCUUGCGAAAUCGAGCCACUGAAUGGUUCAACAAGCUUCGCCCAGGAAGUAUUGAUUCAUUCAGUGACUUGGCCUCAAAAUUCAAGGCCAAGUUCCAGGAGAACUGUACUAAGAGGAAGAAAUUCACCUAUCUUAGUACAGCCGGGCAGAGGGAAUCUGAAAACCUCAGUCAAUUCCUCACCCGGUGGAAGGAGGAGGUAGACAAGGUGGAAGAGAUGGAUGACAAAACCAUCUUAUCUCUCCUCUUGAGUGGCUUACGUGCCGGGGAACUAUACACGGAAUUCUGUCGGAAACCCCCGGCCACGUAUCAGGAGGCCUAUCACACUGCAUGGGAGUUUGCUGAGGCUGAAACCCAACUCCGAGCGAAGAAAGAAGCAGAGCAUGGCUUAAAGCCCAAACCGGUGCAAAUCAAGAAGGAAGAAGCACCAGGAUCCAGCUGGUCAAGGAACCAUUAUGACCCGGUCGUCCGCAUGGUCAACACAGAAGAGUGCCAGGAGAUAAGGAAAGCACCGAUCAAUAUUGAGUACCGGCCAAGGUCAGCGAUCAAGGGACAGGCCCUUGUAGAUUUCCUGGUAGAAAUGACCGGUCUAUCUCCAGACCUACCGGUCAACAAGCCCACCGAGCAAUGGUGGGAGAUGGCAGUAGAUGGGGCAUCCGGUCCUAAAGGGUACGGGGGUGGUAUAGUUUUUACCACCCCGGAAGGAUUCAAGAUCUACCACGCAAUCGUCUUCAACUUUAAGCUAACGAAUAAUGAAGCAGAAUAUGAAGCUCUAGAUGGGGGGCUUAGACUUGCCCAAGCCCUGAAAAUCAACCGGUACAAAGACUUGGUACUUGCCCUGUUGAAAGGUUUCGAAGAAUUCAAGAUCGCCCAAAUAUCCCGGGCGGAGAACGCGGACGCAGAUUUCCUUUCCAAGUUGACGCAGUAUGCUCCCAAGCAUGUUUUAAAACUUGCCCGGGUGGAAAUCUCGGACCAUGCCAGCAUCAAGGAAUUGGAAGUCGCCCCCAUAACAGAAGGCCAAUCUGACCGGUCAAACUUUAUCGGAGCUGAUGACCAUUGAAUGUACGAUCUAAUGGAAUAUUUGAUGGAUGGGAGCUUGCCAGAACAAGAUGACCGGGCAAGAAAAGUGAAGCUCAGGG